AUGAGUAUCACUUUCGUUAUUCGCUAUAGCCGAGCACUGAAGGUUGUGUCAUGCAAUAUGCUAUUAGCAAAUAAAUGGAAAUCUGAUUUAACGGAAUGGAGGGUAGUUGCUGCUCCACUGAGAGCUGCGGUUGUACCUGGCACCAUUCAUAGUGCUGGGGCCACGGUCUUCAGAUGGAGAAUUAAAUCGGCUAAUCUGAAUACCUGCGCCUGGUCCGGGGCGAGUAACGUGGUUAGGGUUGCAGCAAAGCAUGGCCACACGCGACCCAAACUUGGAACCUCGGAGGGAGACCAUGUGUUUGCUAAUGCGCCUAUGUUAGUGAAAAUGAAUAGAUGA